AAGUUUCUGUUUUUAAAAUCGGCUAACUAUUUUCAAUAACAAAAAAGAUUCUAAUAUCAAUCUACUUUGCUAUGAUAUUUUUUUACUUCAAUUGAUAAAACAUACAGUUUCUGUAAAUGAUUCGUGUUGCUUAGACUUUUUCGAUGUGUGUAAUAUUAAAAUUCAUAUUUUUUUAAAGUAUAUUUUUGAUACUUGAUAUUUUUUUUUAUCUAAGCAAAAAAAUAAACACGAACGAACGUUAUACCUAUUGGCUUGCAAAUCAUCAUUUAUUAAGUUUUUUUAAAUACAUUUGUUUUUCUUCUUUAGCCUUACGAAAUCACCCCGGGUUUUGGCUGACAAAUUAAAAUAUUUCUAGUAUAUACCUAUACAUAGCAGGGACUGUCAGUAAACCUAAACUGACAAGAAGUGGUCGACAACUAUCAAAGGGGCCUUUGCCACAUAAAGCUCUAAAAGCUGCCGAACUUCGGUAAUACCGAAAGUGAAAUGAAUUUCGGUGCAUCUCUACUAAUAAAUAUACAAACCGUAGAUAAGUAAAUAAAUAUAAAAAUUCAUAUGCGUAGCUUAAAAUCUUUCAUCCCAAAGCCCCAUAAUAAAAACAUAACGUGCAUGGGUGUGCGUGUGUGUAAGCGAACACACACAUACGCACGAACAACGCAUGUGUUACACGCAGACACGGCAGCUGCUAAACUUGAAUCAGACUGCAUGUGGUGCUCAAAUAUUCUGUACCGAUAUUAAAAAUGGCCGUUAAAUAUUUAUAGUUACUGAGAUCAAGGUAUAGAGAGCAUUUUUUCCUAUUACAUAAUAGAAUCGUAGAAUUCGAAAUUUAUAAAGUAAAACUAUAUUGCUAUAGUUUACGGUAGUAUUAAUAAAGACAUACCCUAUAUUUAAGUUUUAACAUUUAGAAUUUUGGGCUUCUUUAUGAAAGGCGUGUAGAAGCAUUUUUGCAGACCGGCAAGGUGAAGAUGGUUGGUAUGGCAGUUUAUAACUGCUGUACCAGCUAUCUUCGCGUUUGGACUUUAUCACCACUUAACAUCAGGUGGGGUCAUUUGCCACAAUAAUAUAUAGAAAUAAAUAGGAAGAUAAAAUAAUAUAUAUAACAAAUAGUAGGAAGGAUAAUAAGUGAGUAUGGAAAAAUGUACCCAUAUGUAAUUCAUGGAUAGCAAAACAUUAUGUAGACGAUUACUUGUUGAAACGCUUAAUAUUUUCGAGUGAACCGUUCAAAAACAAAGUUUUCUGUACUUUUGUAAGCUGCUUUUAUUAUAGUAAAACUAUCAACGGUUAGAUCGUAUUGUCCCCUUACCGUUGCAAAGUUGUCAGAGCUUAUUGUGAUAUUUAUUGUUUCGUUGCCUUUGUUCUAAUUCAUGUCUAGACGGACAAAUUCUCUUAUUUAAUUUCUGUUAUUUUAUGAAUCUUUUGUAUAAUUGUACUUUGAGAUAUCGUACGUUUAUUGAAAUAAAUAAAUUCAAAACGAUAUUAAAUAUGAUUGAAGGAAAACGACAUUGAAAUAAGAAUCAAGAGGGUGAUAGAAUAAGACCAAUGUUCAAGGUAGUUAAUUCAGCAGCUCUGAUUAAUAUUGCAUUAGAAUUUAGGCAAAUUUUUGCAAUAAUUAACAAAGUUACUAAACCGCGUUUAGUUAACGCCGAAAUGGUUCUGUGUUAAUACGUGGAGUGCAUACAACAAACAUGCAAUGCAGUUAUUAUGCUAUUUUAAACAUGGACGGAGUGGUUUUUAUUAAAGUAAAAUUUUAUUUAAAUUAAAACAUCUAGCAGUUGAAUGCUUAAACAAAAAUAUGAUAAGUUACUUACGUAUUGAUAUAUUGUUAAGAUUUAAUUUUAUUUUCACGUACGUAGAUGAAAUAAUUGAUUAUUCAGCAGUGAGAAAAUUGUCUUUGUAAAAAUUGGUAGGAAUUAUAAGCGUUGAGGGGUUUUUCCUCGACUGACUUUUUUCUACUUGACUGACUUUUUUCUACUUGACUGACUAGCGUCAAUGACUCAUUGCUUGGUAUAGGUACAUCUUUGAAUCCUACAAACUUGUCCUGUCCGUCGGUCAUAGAUACAAGACCUGUUAUUUCUCAUAUAUUAUCAUCACAUAAUGACGACUUUAUAGACGACGUGAGAGUACAAUGAACGGUGCUCGUUCGCCUUGAAACACCGUCAGAAUCGGUACCUACAUUAAAAAAAACUAUCCAGUCCAUUCAAUGAGAUCAUUUUAUUAUCACCGGCACACCGACACUGAAUAUUGUUUGAGUAAGUAAGCUGUUAAUAGCUUUAAAAAGGUAUGCUUUCGAAUGUUUGAGAACCACCCGUAUUUGGGCUGUAAUAUUUAGGGUUCUUUUUUGUUAGUCAUCUCAUCCGUAACGUAUGGGCGCCUUUGCCUGCUCCAACUUUUUUUCGAAAACUUGUGACCCCCAGUUAUGAUUCGACCGUUGACGGGAGCGGUUGUCCUCGCGCGCUCGAUUUGAAUUCUAGUCAUUGUGUCCAAAUUGUUUAAUAUUAAGCUCUCGUGUCGUACGUAGUCUAAAUGUGUUUCUAGGUUUAUUAGUAGCAGUUAGUGUGUGUUUUUUUUUAAUUUAAAAUUUAUUUAAUGGUAAUUGCGAAAAGAAGACUGAUUUUUUAAUGAACGCAUUUGGAUUGCUUUGGGAUGCCGGUUUUCUGAAGAUGGCCUCACGCACCCCGUCCCUUGAGUCGCUGCCCGGUGCCAACUCUAUAGGUUCGCUGGAGCGUGGCUCCUUAUCACCCCUGACCCUUAGCGGUUCGUCGCCUCCUGCGAGCGACUCCGCCGUAUGUGAUCUUCGCGAGUUCGACGGCCUCGACACCACCUGCGCGAUCUGCCGAGAGACAUUCGUUGACCCCAAAGUACUAAACUGCUUUCACACAUUCUGUCGCGCCUGCCUGGAGAGGGAGCAGACACACCCAGAUAAAGUCACCUGCGUCACUUGCCGCGUCGACAGCCAACUGCCACCGACUGGUGUCCACGGACUCCUGCCGAACCUUGUGAUAGCCGCGGCUGUCGAGCAGGAAGCUGAUCUCCUACCGUCGUCUCGUCAGACAAACUCGCCCUCGGCUCGCUGCACAGGGUGCAAAUCAAAAGAAUCUGACGCCGUAGCUCGCUGCGUCGAUUGUGCUAAUUUUCUCUGCCCGAACUGCGUCAUGGCCCACCAAUUCAUGCACUGUUUUGAAGGCCAUCGUGUACUCGCUUUCACGGAUUUGAAAGACGGGAUGGAUAAGGGUAUGCUCGGAUCCACCCUCACGACGAGUGGUGACAAAACCGCUUUCUGUCCGAGACAUAAAAAUGACAUACUGAAAUAUUUCUGCCGUACGUGCUCCGUGCCGGUAUGCAAAGAAUGCACAAUAAUCGAACACCCGGCUGCUUUGCACGAUUGCGAACAUUUAUCUGACGCCGGACCUAAACAACUAGAUCUUAUGCAACAAUCAGUAAACGAAGCCAAGACUCGAGCUACAGAAAUCAGGCAUGUAGUGAAAACUGUUGAACAUGCUGCUGGAAAACUACAAGUACAAUAUCACAAAGCUCAAAAUGAAAUUAACGAUACGUUCCAAUUCUACCGCUCUAUGUUAGAAGAGCGCAAACAAGAAUUACUAAAAGAACUUGAAAGUGUAUUCUCUACUAAACAAAUAGCCCUGACCGUAGUCGGGCAAAAAGCUCAAGAGACUGUCGAUAAAAUCUAUCAGACUUGCGACUUCAUGGAACGUCUCACCAAAUGCGCCAACAUAGCGGAGAUUUUAAUGUUCAGGAAAUUAGUAGACAAUAAAUUACAGUCGCUGAUGAGUUCUAAUCCCGAACAAAGCAUGCAAACAGCGUGCGAACUUGAAUUUGUUUCAAAUUAUCAAGCGAUACAAGUUGGCGUGCGUAACACUUUUGGAUACGUCCGUUCUAGUUCCGAAGCAAACGUCGGCCCGACUAAACAACCCCCCAUCGCUCGACCUACCAACGGUUCACUUUUGAACGGAGGCUCAUCAUCAAGCAGCAGCAGCGUCAACGGUAGUUCCGGAAGCCUUAACGGUGGUAUCCAUUUGCCUACUGGUUUGAAUGGAGUCUUAGACCGUCCUUAUACGAACGGCCUUCUGGGACCUACCAGUCAAUCGACAUCUCCAUUCGAAUCUAAUAUUAUUUCUAAGAGAUUCAACAGUGCCAACAGUCUUGGACCAUUCUCUACUGCUAUUGGAGAUAUCAAUUUAAACGGAAUCAACCCGUACGAGAAAUGGUCAAAUGGAGGAUGCGACCCUCUCUUCCCCGCUGCCACUACUGAUCCAUAUUCUCUUUCUGCUGCAACACACAACGAUUCAAUUUUAGACCUUACCAACAAAUUAAUUUCCACUGCCAUCUUCCCCCCGAAAUCACAAAUUAAACGACAAAAGAUGAUUUAUCAUUGCAAAUUCGGUGAAUUCGGAGUUAUGGAGGGCCAGUUCACAGAACCGAGCGGUGUCGCCGUUAAUGCUCAAAAUGAUAUCAUCGUUGCUGACACCAACAACCAUCGUAUUCAAAUAUUCGACAAAGAGGGUCGUUUUAAAUUCCAGUUCGGUGAAUGCGGAAAACGCGACGGUCAACUCUUAUACCCGAACAGAGUGGCUGUAGUGCGUACAUCAGGUGAUAUUAUUGUCACUGAGAGGUCGCCGACCCACCAAAUUCAGAUUUACAACCAAUAUGGGCAAUUCGUUCGCAAAUUCGGCGCAAACAUUCUCCAACAUCCGCGCGGUGUCACUGUUGACAACAAAGGUCGCAUUGUUGUCGUGGAAUGCAAAGUCAUGCGUGUAAUCAUUUUCGACCAAGUCGGUAAUGUACUGCAAAAAUUCGGCUGUUCCAAGCACCUGGAAUUCCCCAACGGAGUAGUGGUUAAUGACAAACAGGAAAUCUUCAUUAGUGACAACCGCGCGCACUGCGUUAAGGUGUUCAAUUACGAAGGCAUUUACUUACGCCAGAUCGGCGGUGAGGGAGUUACAAAUUAUCCUAUCGGCGUGGGUAUUAACGCAGCUGGCGAGAUCCUUAUCGCUGAUAACCACAACAACUUCAACCUGACGAUAUUUACUCAAGAUGGCCAAUUGGUUUCCGCGUUGGAAAGUAAGGUGAAGCACGCACAGUGCUUCGACGUAGCGCUUAUGGAUGAUGGUUCGGUGGUCCUCGCAAGCAAAGACUACCGACUCUACAUCUAUCGUUAUGUGCAAGUACCGCCCAUAGGUAUGUGAGCCACACGUCCUGAUCACAGGAGAUCGGAAUGACCGAUGAACUAUAAGAGCGCAAGUAAUAACAAGUGACUUUGAAAAGUUAUCGGUAAAUAAAUAGCCAUUGUGUCAAUUUUUGUAUAGUUCAAGUGACGUUUUCAAAAGUGAAAUGGAACUUGCUGAAUUUUUGUAAGUGCAGGUGUUACAUUAAUAUGGCUGUCUCGAUGUGAUCAAUUUUGACUAACGAUGGGAAUUCCUUAAAAUAUUUUUUGGCAUGGGAUCUCUAUAUGCAUUACUUCUAAUGAAACUGUAACGAGAUUAGUUGAUAGUAUUGACAUUGUUAUUCGAGUACCUAUUAAAAGGAUAGAGAUUAUUCCGUUGGAUCGAUUCAAACAUUGCGAACGGUGUUCUCGACCCUUAUCAUUUUUUAAUCUAUUGAAUAAUAUUUUUUCAUAUCCCACAUCGUUAAAUUAGGGAUGAAUAUUAAGGGCAUUUGUAUUAUUUAGCCCAUUUGUUGGACCAAUAUUUUAACUAUUACUUAACAAAUUGUUAGGCGUUAAGCGUGUGAUUUUAUCUUAUAAGAGAGCAUCGAGCGGUAUUGUUGUUAGUUUUAAGAUUAUUCUUCGGCACAACGGCACUUCCUGUUUUUAAUUAGCACCUAUUCUGUGUCGAUUGAAAUAUGAUUAUGAAAUUAAGUAAGAAGUUGUUACAUUAUUAUUAGGUAAGUGUUAAAUUGAUUGAGCUGAUAUGGACAAUCUUUAGUUACUACCCCUCUUAAUGUAGUUACAAAAUUUAAGGGAAAUGUGAUGUUAGGGGUUUUAUCAAUGACAAAGUUGACUGCGGCGUUCCUUGCGUUAUACAAUAGCAUCUUAACGAAUGCAACUGAAGGACGGUUGUUGAAUUUAACUGAAUUAUAUACAUCACAAUACGGCGAGUGAUCCGAAAUGUUUUAUAGAGCUCAAUUUGUUUCUAGACGUCAAGUCUACUAUCUUCUUGUACACUCCAUAACUUGAGUAUUAUAAAGCAUUUUAGAUGAAUAAUGAGUCCUAAUGUUUAAUAGAAAUGGUUGUAGUUAUUUUAAUUAUAUUGGAAGACAGUUUUUUUUUAUAAUUAUUAUUAUUUGAUUGAUGUCAUUACCGCCUAGUCACUGAGAGCCCACGGAUCUUAGUUUCCUCAUGUUAUUUUUAACGAUUAAUAAAAACUUCGUUGGUAAUAAUAUUAUUCUCUUUUAUACAAAUCUAGUAUUUGAAUGUUUGUAGUAAUUAUUUGGACACGGUAGUAACUAGUAGAGCACCUUAGGAAAUAAUCGUCUCGCUAGCAUUUUUUUUAAUGUCAGUUAAAUUACGGAUAUUUUUUUAACAAAGAGACAUACCGCCAAGUGAACUCGUUUUUACUACUUACUGGAGUAUUAUAGCUUGCUCGUAUACAAAAUAAUUAUACAAUUUGUUAUUAUGGUAAGAUUUUUUUAUUAUGGAAACGUAUUUUUUAGUAGUAGUAAUACGGUGCAUGUGUAACAUUUAAUUUUUUUUUUGUAUUUUAUGAAUAUUAUGCUAUUAUUUUUUUACUUCAUCGCCGUGUGUUUGAGUGUGUUAGCAGAAUUAUUUUAGUUCGAUUUUGAUUAGAUUUUGGGUUUUCUUAGUGAAUUAUGAUUUUAGUAUUUUUUUUUAUUACUUUGCCGAAUCUAUGACAAUGAAGAGAUCUGAGGCGGUCCUUUGCUCCAAAUCGAGGGUCAUAUUCUUAAUUUUGGAUCUGCUUAGGCUGAUAAGUUUGUUUCGAUUUGGUGAUAUUCCUAAUCUCUUAAAGUAAUGAUCCCAUUGAAGUAUUGAAGACACGUCGACUUACGAGCUUUGAGCACCGCGCGUUAUGAAUUACCUGCGUUGCAAGUGCCAUACAAUCAAGUUGUGAUUUAAUAAGUGAUAUUUAGUAUUGUUUGUAAAUAUGUACCAUACUCUGAUAUAUUGAAUCUUAUCAUAAGUCUGGUGGAUGUCUUGAAUGGUUACAUGAUUUUGUCAGUGCAGUGCUAGCCAAUGCUACCACAAAGCAUAUUACCGUGUAAUCGAUUUGAAUUGAAAUUUGAAUGCGAUCACUUGGUUAUCGUGCACUGAUUCAAAACAUUUGAGAUCAACUGUUGUUCACAUUUUUUUUUCUGUUCUUGCAUUUCACCGCGCUUGGAAAGCUUGUGGCCUAGACGUGUCUUCGAUGAAUAGUUAAAAUAGCAAUCCCACUGGAUUAAGCGAAUCACAACCGAACAACACGUCCUAGUAUCCAAAUUCAGUGAUUUAUCACCAAUGAUUUUUUAUAGGCAAUCCUGUUCCUAGUAAAUUAGAAAAUACCAAUGCUCUUGUUGGUUGUGUUUCUCCUAAUCCACUGUUGAACUGGACUUAAUUGAUUUUAAGGUUAAUGAAAUCGGCCACACCGUCUGCUUAAUCUCAGUUUUUUCUGUCGAAUCAGAUCAUUGCAUGUUCACCAAUAAAUUCCAAAUGAGUUCAGGCAUGAUUUUUUUCUAAUUAUUAUGAUGAUAUUUUAUACAUUGCCUUUUUUGUUUUUUUUUUUAUUAUUAUGUUUUCGUUAUACAACUUUAUUUAUAAAGAUUCGCCCCAAGAGACUGAGAUCACGCUAGAUAUUGUUGGAUAUAACAUUUAUUUAGUUUUUAUAAUUUUCAGGCAGUAAAUUACAAUGUUCAUUGUUGACAAAAAGGUAUCUUUUUAUAGAAUUCGUCGAAAGUGAACAUUGUAAUUGUUGUUUGUGGUUUAUUUUAUGGUAAAAACAUACGCUUUCUACUUAUUGAGAUCGUUUCAACGUAUUAUAUUAAAUUAAGUGUAGUGUAGGUCAUCAAAAUUACUAUAAUAAGAUUUGCAAGUUAUGACAACUACAAACCACGCCUGUAAUGCUGUACUCAAUUUUUUACAGUUAUCGAUUUUAACCUGAAUUAAGUUUCAUUUAUAAUGAUUAUUAUUACAAACUAAUUUCUCAUUCGUAAUAAAAUUAUUUCGUGUAUUAGCAUAAUAUUUAAGGGGAAAAAAGUAUUUUUUUCAUUACGAAAACAUUUCAUUCUUAUAAUUGCAUUUCGAAAGCUUGAGGACUGAUAAAUUGAAACAUGUUUUGUCUUUAAAUAUAUUUUGUCGAUGUUUGUUGUUAUAAUUAUUAUAUUUUUUUGAUUAUUUGUAUAAACAAUUGUUCUUUAAAUUAAUGUACAUCGUUUUGUUUUGAAUUAUUUUUGUUGUAUGAUUGCUUUUUUAUAAUAAUACCAGUUCAUUGCAGUUUUAUUGUGUGUUUUAUUUUGAUUUUCAUUUUUCUUUGCCCGCCUUGCUUUAUGUAGUUUAAUCGGACAAAAUUAUUUUAGAUGACCAUCUAAAUUAGUUUUGAUCGAUACGAAUGAGGCAUGUUUGUGUUAAUGAAUCCUUAUAUAAGCUUGAAGGCUACCAUUAUCUUUGACAAUAUAUUUAUUGAAAUGAAGUUAUCGUAGUUUUCAUAACUUUUAGAAACUCAACAUUGUUAAAUAACCAGAAACCAUUAAAAUCAACAUACAUAUUUAUUAUUGAUCAAAGAAAAACCUUUUUAAAGCAACGAAAUCCUGUCAUUUCUUUUUACAUAUUUUGAAGAGAGAAUUUGAUAGCCUUUGACGUAAGUAUCAACAUAGCUUGAGAAUGUUAUAAAUACCAAAGAAAUUUCAAUUAUUUUAAAGCACAUAUGUACAGUUUGUAAUUAUCUUUGGAACGUAGCCUACGAGAAAUAUUUCGAUAUAUUUCAUGAACCGUAGUGUACAUGUACUUUUUAUCACUCGAGAUGAUUCUUUAACACAAACGUCCUACUUGGUGGUAGGUUCAACUAGUGUGUUUUUUUUUUUGUGUGAGUGCAUCCUUUAAGAGUUUACAUCAACAGUUGGUUUUGGGGAACAAAAGUUGGCAUGAAUUACGUAAGUAUUGCUUUAGCAGUAAGUAUGUAUCGUAUUGAAGAAAGAACUGAGAGCGAAAUAUUAUUAGACAAUUAUACAUUUUGAUGAACUUUCGAAAUGAAAUAACAGAGAACUACAAUUCUCGAAAGAAGUUACCAAGAACAUACCAAAAACGCAAGAAUUUUAGCAAGACCUGAUAAGUUUUCUAACAACCGACGAUAAAAUAGCAUAAGAUAUUCGCUCUCAGUUCUCUCAUUUAAACACAUCACAGAAAAGUAGUAAAUUCAGCAAAAUAAAUAGUCUCAUUGAUAAGUAGAUGAUAAAAAUAUGGUGACUGACUAAAUUAAUUCAUAAAAUGUCGCUGCAUCAAAGAAAAACUAACUAGUUAUGAUUGAUAUUAUUAUUUUCUACGAAAUUCUAAAAAUCUAACAAUAACUUUUAAAUUAUUUAGAAAAUAUCCGGAGUAUAACUCAGUGAAUUAGGCGGUAUCUUACUUAGUCUCUAUCUCAGCCGUGAGGCACAAAAAUACAUAUUCUUAUGAAAGUAGGCUAUAAUCUUCGUGUUAAGGACUAUUUAUAAUCUAAGGUAAGUGAAGGUAAUAUCCCAACUAAGCUUUACUUUUCUACGAAAUUUUAGCUUAUAAAUACAUUCUUAGGAUUCUUUGGAUACCGUUACCCUUCCCUCAGCAGCAGCACUGCUUUAAAAGAAUACAAAAAUGCGCUAACCAAAUCCACUAUUUCCAAGUCAAUUACUAUAGGGAACAUUUUACUAAUAACUCUAGCACCUACUAGUAACGUAAGCAGACGCUAGGCUUACAAAUUGUUUAUAAUUUUAUACUCAGCAAUUUUCUUAAGACUACAAUUAAGAUUUCAAACCGUUUGUAUCAUUUCGAUCAGUUACUAUAGUAUCCUCAUCUACAAUUAUAUAAUCAACAUCGUUGCAAUAAAAAUCGUAUUCAUUACAAUCACCUCACAUAUAAUAUUAAAAAAUAUCAACUGCUGCUGUGUUUCCCUUAGAAACCUCUUAAUUAAUGUAUAAACUCUUGAAUCUUCGCCGAGAAAUUGUACGAAUGUAGUUCAAACUGUUCAUUGAUGAAAUUUCAAGCUUGCGACCAUCAUUCCCAAAUGAUAAAUCUCGAAGUUCAGUUUCAACAUCAUGUUUGUCAGGAAGUGUGUAGAAAAAUAAUGUAAAUACUAUUAGAGUAAUUAUGUUGGUAGCGUUACUAACUAUAAUAGAUUUAGGGUUUGCCGGGAUCUGCACAAGGAUGUGAAGGAGGCGAGUCGUGAAUGUAGAACGAAAGAGUGUGUAUUUUUUAUAAUGAAAUUAUGAAUCGACGAUAGGCGAACUAUUUGCAAAAUGUUAUUCUGAGUAUAUGCUGUGUUGGUACGAGGAUAGCAUAAGGAUACGGACAUUGCUAGGAAUUGUUGUUACUGAUGAAUUCGAAUGGACCGAUAUCCUAACUAGUGUGGAUUAAGAAUUCGAAUUAUGAGAUUUUACAGUACCAUAUCGAUAUCUGUAUGUCUACUUUUAACAUUGUUUGAAUUCGGUAAUUCUUGUGACAGUUAAUAAAUUCACCUGUUAAUGUAUUCAUCAAGGUAGAUUAAAAGUAUGAAUGUUAGCUUGUCAGAUGUAUGUGGUUAAACAGUUUGGUCACUUAUUAUAUUACAUAGUAGAACGUCGUUGAAUUUUGUAGGACCUACGUUGACGAUAUGUUUGCUGUAUGUAAAUAUGAUCGCUUCUACGUUUGUUCCAUUGUAACAGCUUAGAUUUAUAAAGAUUACGCCGCAGUCGCCAUAUGCGCGUAUGUUUGCUCAGGAAUUGUAUUUAUUUCCACAUCUAAUCAUAUUUUGAUAAUCAUCAUUUUUUUGACGAUCGCUUUUAUUAUAUCGUAUUUAGCGAUGAUGUUGACUCAUUGUUGAAUUUAAUUGAUUCGCUAAUAUAGUGAAUUGCACAGAACGUUGCUAUUUCACUUAAUUUUUGAUGUAUUUUUUCUUGAACGAGAUGUAUUCGAUAAUUUUGAAUUUAAAUGACUGAAGUUGAGUUUGAAAACGAAUGGGAUAUAAUUCGUAGAUGAACUGAGAUCGUGAGAGCCGGAACGUUUGUUGUGUCUUCAGAUGUAUCAGUGUAAGCGACUUUUGUAAGAUCGUCAUCUACUAUGAACACUCAGGUUCCGGUGUCUUCGCGUAUUCUCAAAAAUGUGAUUGUUGUAAAUUUAGGUGAAAGUAACAAAGCACAUAUGAGCACAAACCAUCCAUCCUCGAAGAAUACUACGCUGAAUGUUUGAAUUUAACUCACGUUUGAAUUUAUGAUACAUUUUAUUGUAAAAAAAUAUUAUAUUUUACUAUCGCUUAAGUUAGUUGAAACGUUUGCAAAUAAUAGUAUUUAUUUUCUCAAUGAACGAUAUUUUUUUUAAUGGCGAAGUUUUGGAGUUCUUAAGGUGUUUUGUAUGAUAUUAAAUAAAAUAUAAUUAAUAAUGACCUUAGGUAAUAUUAUAUUUGUAAUGUUUAUGAUUCUAUGCGUUCAUUAAUUCUUCACUGUGCCGUUAGAGCUCGAUGUUGACUUUUGUCAUAUUAAUUUAUUACUUCACGUUUCGAAUAGGAAGCUGUUGUUUAAGAUCCUUUGUAACACUUAUGAAAUAACCUUCUACCUUAUCGGUACAUUAAGCGAAAUUAAAGAAAGAGAUGCAGCAUCUUUGAACGCAGCCUCGACUCCACAUUAAUUUCAUAACGUGUGUUAGGUAAUUUAUUGUAUUAUAAGGUGUGUGAUUUAAGUUAUGAAUACAGUGGUUUUUACACGCAGAAAGAUUCCAAAUAAUGUUGCAUAGAACAAUGACGGUAUAGCUAAUGACAUAUCAUGUAAGGCUUAUAAUUAUUAAAUGAUUGCUGAAGGCGAGAGUUAAAGGGAGCGUAUGGUUAGUGAUGUUUAUACGAUGGAUGGAACCGAUGUGUACUAUUUGGUCUAGCUGACAAUAUUUUGACAAUUGACAUUUGGAGUAUUCUCAUGUUGAACAAAUAAAAGAUUUAAUAGAAAAUUGUUUCGAACUUAGAAACGUUACAUAUCGUCCACUUAGUGGUUACAUUUAUUGAAAUAGUCAAAAUUAAUAGACCAAUAUAAUUCAGUUUGUGAAGUUUUUCAAUAUGCGUUGGAUUGUGUGUUGGGUAGGUACGGGAAAGCGAAAAUUUGGAAUCUUUCUAAAUGAAGCUAGUCGCCAAAGAAAUUGCUUUUAGAUAAUUAAAUGUUAUAAUAAUAUGUGUAUGCACGUAAGUUAUUACCUAAUUAGUUAUACGAUGCUUAAAUUGUCCACACAGAAAACGAUUUUACACACUAAAUGCCAUCCUGCCAGAUAUAAGAAAAACACAAUGCUUAUGAUGAACUAAAUUAAAUUAUAUAUACUACAUAGCAUACGGAGUAGUGUGUAUUUUUAGAUAUCGCAUUGUCUAUGUUAGAUUAGUGUAUAAGGCACAUCUUGAGCUUUGAACAGUGUGAAUCUGUCACCAAUAUUUUUUACAUACGAUAGUAGUUUUAACUGUAAAACAUUUUCAAGCCGUGCUUUCUUUGGGAGUAGUUUAGAGUAGUAGGUAUAAGAUCAUUGCUCCACGAUCACAGUCACGUGAUGCUUGCGCACGCGCCGCUCCCUUGUACCGACGUGCAAGCCUGCUUCCGAUCGUACGCAGCUGGUAGUAGAAAUUGCAAAAGCAUCGUUGGCACACUGUGGAAACUGCUUUGACACUCUAUGUAAGGCCCGUAUAGGUUUUAAAGGCACUUAAAAAGUAAAUGUAAUAUUCAGUAAUCUUACUGUAUAAUCUACUGAAACACCAUUUUGCGCCGUGGCCUUAAAUUUGAAGGAAUGUGUAAAUCAUUUCUAUUAAAGUGAAAAUAAAUGAAAUCAUUUGAAUUUUGUACAGAUUUAAGGAUUCCUCGUGUGUCUCACACGUUCAAUAUGAAUCAUAAUUAUUCUAUACUGUUUUUAAAUGUAAGUGCUAAUGAAUAUCUCACUAUUGUAUCGUAACCCGUAACUAGAAUAGCUGUUGCAGUAGAAUUCUGUGUAGGUAUCGCUUUAUAAUAAGAUCUAAAUUAAUGAUAAAAUUGUUGAUUUCAAUAUUUCGAUUCGUGCAUAUCCCCAUUUUAACACGUUUGAUAAUUGUUACCUACUCAUUAGUUACUUCGAGACUGUUCAAAAUGUACUCUAUCGAGUUUUUCUCUAAGGGAAAGGGCUGUUUUAGCAGAUAUUUUUGAUACAUUGAGAAUCGAAGGGAAACGAUGAUAGAUGGUGUGAUGAGGGGUGGUUCCUGACAAGCCGGAGAGUGUUCCGAUGUUGUGAGGUCUCACGGUCUUCGGACCGGAGUGGUGGCAGUAAACGGGCUUGGCACUCGUGCUGCGGUCUUCUCGCCCACAGAUCGUCAUGUCGUGGCGUCGCUUCCCAUUUAUACUUCGUAAGCGUGGAUAAUACAAUUAAUGUUACUGUAACGAAAAAAAAAACAAUGUUGUUCUUAUAUGAAAUGCGAUGAUUUUCGCUGAUAACUUGUUGUUUUUCAUAUAUUCAUAAUAUUUCCUUUAUUUUUUGUACUCUUUAGUAUUAAGAUUAAUAUUAAAAUGAAAAACCUAUUCAAUGUUGAUUACUCUAAAACCAAUAAUAAAGUAUGCGUAAGGAUGGUGUAAAUUAGUUUCCCCGAGAGCCUUACUAGUGGAAAAGCCUUUUCCUUAGACGGUUGAAGUUUCCCCCUUUCCAUUUCAAUUUAAUAUACGAUUAUAUGUGGGUAUUGAUGAUGAAGCAAGGAAAGAAUAAAUACAUAAGAACAACAAUUAUGUUAUACUCUAUCUCGUGCAAACGGAUCUUUAAUACCUCCAAUUCUGUUGAAAAUUAUUACUAAUACAAUUGCUACCACAAAUGUCAAAAGUUCAAGCAUUAAAGAUCCAUUUGACGGUAGAUUGGCAAUUGUUAAAUCGUCUCCUAUACUUACUCUACCUACCUUUAUAUCUCCUAAUAUAGUUUUUAAACUUCCAUUCUCUAACUAAGUUUUGCAGUAAUAAUCCUCACAGCAGAUUCAAAAGUUCUGGCCUAGCAAUGAUUUAAUGUAAAUGAAUAAGGGUUCAUCAUUUCUUAGGUAUGACUCAAUAUUAAGACUGAUCACAGAAAAACAAAAAAAAAAUCAAAAAAAAACUGGAUAACUGUUUCUUAUUUUAGGUAGCCUGUAAUCAGUUCGCUUGUAAGAUGUGAAUUAUCGAACCGAUUUGUAGGGAUAAUGUUUAAAAGUAAUUUUAUGAUAGCCAAAACAGAGAGACGGAUAUGUCGAUUCGAUAAUUCCUAUCCAAUAUUUAUGUCAUUAAUGGUCAUCUCCUGUCGAUAAUUUUCUAUGUCUACUAUCUUUAGAGACGAUUAUAUAACGAAAUCGAUUAAGGAUUGGUGAAAUCAUGGUAAUGUUGACUUGAAUGAUGUUGACGUUACUGUUGAAAUUGACGGAGAAAAAUGAAAAAAAGAAGAAUACUAUUUGUUGCCAAAGUGUUGUUAGGGAUAAACAUGUAGUUAUAAAAAUCGGUUGUCACAUGCAUAAUUAAGUUGUUCUUGGGUGGUUUGAAAUUAAGGAGAGAAGUUGAAAAAUAUUUCCAAUGAUAUAUUUUUUCAUAAUGAUCUUGAAUGCUAAUCGAUAUUUAAGGUUUAUAUCUGUGUAGGACUUUAACUUAAAUGUGUGGUAAAAAAAAUAUCGUUGUCACAAUUCAGCAUGUAAUUCAUCUUCCUCCACCUGCGAUGGUCCGAGUCGGGAACCUAGAAAUGUGCGUAAAUCUUUCAGAACACGAAGUACCUACGUUAGGAAUUGUGGCAAAUGAUUUAGGUUUAGUGUUCAUGUUACAUUAUAUUGUAUUCGACAGCUCUAACGAUCUAUGAACCAAGCUGCUACACCUGUCUCAAUUAUCAGUGCCCAUUCAUUAAAAUCAACCCACUUUGUUUCAAUUUCUACUCUUUUGUUAUUUGCUGGUCUACCUUAAUGUAAAUCAAAUCGUAUCAAUUAUACACAUUGUCAUAACACUUGUGGGUGUAUACAGUCACUCUUUUGACAUCAAUAUUAUUAUAUCUUUUCACUUGUUAGACCCUAAUUUAUUUUGUAUUUAUGUCUACGUAAUUUAUUGUGUUUACGAAGCUAGUUAGUGAAGUUUCAAUUACGUUAGCCUCUAAGUUUCUUUGUAGUUAUAUGGGUUAUGUUAAAGGCUACUUUUUUUCGUCAUUUUAAUAUAAGGGAGUUCUUAUGAUUUUGUUCUCCUCUGAGCUUUCUGAGACCAUAUCUCUUUUCUAGUCAGAAUGUUCGACACUUUUAAUGUGUCAUUAUUUCUCUUAGUUUCGUAGAUGUAACUUUAGUACAAUUUGUCUUGAAUUUUCCUUUUUUGGAAAUUUUCUUCUUGUAUGAAGUACUUAAUCUGUAAAUGAAAAUAAGUAGAGCCCCUGUUAGUUGAUUGAUGGUUGUCGACGUAAUUGUAUUGACUGGUACCUAUUGUUUUAUUUAAAAAUAUAUUAUAUGAAAAUCAUGAGUCAUGCCAACUUACUUGUGACAUAUUUGUGUUAAUUUAUUAAACAAUCGUAACGAGUCCAAUAAUCUUGAUAUACUUCCAUUAUAUGUAAUUUAGGUUGUUCAGUUUUUGUUUGAAAUUAAUUUGAUGUCAUCAUCUUCAUCUCGACCUAAUUUUAAUUAAAUGAUGUAUCAAGAAGUUGGCAGGACUCUUUCUAUUUUGCAGUUAAUGAAAAUUUUGAUGUUACUCUCAUUAUUUUAUAUAUUUCGUGAUAUAAACGUAUUGCGGAAUAUGUGACCGUUUUACGGAAAACUACAAAGAAUGUUAACAUGAUUGCUCCUUACAGUAUUUAAGGCGCGAGACACAAAGAAAAGACGUAAGACGCAGACGGGGCGUGGCCAUUGUCAGUUUCAUGCAAUAUGGAGAAGCAUCGUGUCUGCUCCUGUCUUUUCUAUAUGUUUUGCAACGCGACGCUUCUGUACGUUAUGUAUGAAAUGGACGCGAAAGAGACAUACUCGUACGUCCGCGCCUCGUCUGCGUCUUGCGACUUUUCUGUCUGUCCCGGACCUCAGACAUUUCAGUUAAGUUUUACGUAUGUGUGAUGUGAAUUUGUGUUAUCAUUUUGGUUUUUGCUUGCAUUUAAUUCUGUGACGUGGUUUUAUACGUACUUAUUGUGUUUCGUCAAACUGGAAUUGAUGUUUUAUUUUUUCAUUUUUGAAGUGAUUUUCGUAAUUUUUUUCUUACAUUCCACAAGUCGAUGGUUCGAAGAGAUUUGUUAUUGGAUUCGAUUUGUUUGAUGAUUUGUGUGGGUUGGAUGACACCAAUAACGAUUCUCAAUACGUUGGUCUGUAUUCACGUAUCGGUCGAGCAUCGAUAUGCAUACCUACUUGUUAUUCAGGACUUACUUAAGUUAGCUUGUAAGAAUUGAUAAAUAUCUGAUGAUAAAUUUACUUGUAUGUUGUAUUAAAAUGAUGAACACGAAAUAAAGAAACUGGUUUG